CUCAAUUUUCCAAUAUGAAUAGAGCAGCCUGUAAGACUUUGGUAGAGAGGGCACACUGUAAAAUUGUUCAGGAAUACAUAACAGUCCUUAUUAACAGUUCUCUGAGAUGUGCAUCAAAUAACUGGUAUCAAAUAUCUGAUAAAAUUAUUCAGGACUCUAAUCAGCUGCAACAAUUUUUUGCAGAGCAGCAAUCUAGUGCCGCUUGGCUAGACAAAGCCAUUCAAGAUGUGGCAGAAAUAAUAAAAAUCAAUGAUAUCGAUGCAUUAAAGAUAGAGGUUGCUGCAUUUGUUACAAGCUACCCCGAUGUAAGGAAGGAACACAUCAGCGCUAUUCUGGACGUCAAAGGGAAGAUUUCCAAAACAGAUAGGCGGAGCAUCCUCAAACAAGUGGAUUAUAUGAUGGAACUCAAUGAUAACCUUUUAUCAUGCAACAAAUUAUUUCAAGGGAUAAAUGUCUCUAAAAUCCAAUGGAGGAAGAAUGGUUGUUGUAUAUUGUGCUGCAUAGUAUAAUCAGAGAACAAGUAAGAAAAACAAUCAUUAAAUGACAGCAGCAUUGUGUAUAAAGGGCAUUUGAAUCUAAACAACGCACAACAUUGACUGAGCUGCAACCUCACUGACAUUCGGAUCAACACUUUUAAUGUUAAUUUGAGUGAUGUUGCUGACAUCAGAAGUGCACAUAUUUCAGCCUGUUCUUUAGAAGCUAAAUAAUCAGCUUUUUAACAGCCAGUGAUGACAGACAUCAAGAUUCUGUAAUAAGCACUUUUGGUUUUUGUACUAGCUAGCACCAGGCUGUGACUCUUUGGAUAUUCAGUUUCCGUGUCAUGGGAAUUUUAUUU